UUACUGAUUAACCUUUGACCUGCGUGAACCUGUCGGAAGGGAUUGCAGAUUCCACUAACCAUACAUCAUGUUUUCAUCGCACACGGCAUGACUUUGAUGCCCCAGUUUCGCCCAUUUGAGACGAAUGGCCAGAUAAGUAACUCCAGACCACCACAGGCACCCCACAGCGGGCAUGACUGCCCGUUUUGUUGCCAGUGAGGCAGCCUAAAACCGCCGGUGACCGUGUUUGUAUCAUUCCUGCGGUGUCAAUCAUAGCAAGCACCGUCCCGGAAAGGACACCAUGUCUCUUAAGGACUCGCCCAGUGAUCAGCAGCUCCACCUGGCAGCCUUGCAGGGAAACAUCGACCUGUUGAAGCGAACAAUCGACGGCGGAAGGGUCCACAUAGACAGUCAAGACAAGGAAGGAACCACCCCACUGAUACUUGCUGCAGCUAACAACCACUAUGGGUGUGUGAAGGAGCUACUGGACCAAGGGGCAUCACCACAUAUCAGGAGACAUACAGGAACAUGUGCACUAUUCUUUGCUGCACAGGGAGGAUUUCUGGACAUUGUAAAGCUACUACUGGACAAGGGUGCUCCUGUGGACAUCCCUAGUCAUCUGUCUCCCUUACAGGAUGGAGGGACUCCACUCUUUGUAGCCUGUCAGUGCAACCAUCUGGCUGUGGUGAGAGAACUGUUGGGGAGGGGGGCCAACAUACAUGCCACCAUGGCAGAUGGAGCCACUCCCCUGUUCAUUGCAGCCCAGAAUGGACACUGCAAGCUCCUCAGAUUCCUCCUCUCUAAAGGUGCCAAUGAGAAUCAGAUAAGAAAAGACAGAGCCACCCCCCUAUGGAUUGCAUCCCAAAUGGGCCAUGCAGAUAUUGUGAAGGAACUGUUAGAUGCAGGUGCACAGGUUGAUGCUGCCAGGGAGGAUGGAGCUACUCCUCUGUUUAAAGCAGCACAUAAAGGACAUGUGGAGGUUGCUAGGAGUCUGGUCAACCAUGGGGCCACUUUUGAACUUUUAAAUAAUGGGGAAAGUGCCUUACAUGCUGCAGCUUUAUUUGGGCACCUGAAAGUCGUCAAGGACUUGGUAGCUGCAGGAGCAAAUGUCAACCUGAAAAAUAAGGAGGGACAGACCCCAGCAGAGCUGGCAAGAGAUGCCGGGUAUGAUGUCAUAGCGGAGUUUUUGAUGAAAGCGAGACCAUCUUACCAGACAACAGUAUGAGCCAGUGUACUGUUGAACAUUGUACAAUGUAGUAACUAUUACAUCAUCACAAAGUACUGCUGUCUGUUUGGCAUGAGUCUCGGCCUUUCACUAGCAUAGGGGGCAGAGGUGGUAGAAUACACUACCUCAACAUGUAGCCCAACUCAGGACAUGCUAGUAGGACCCAUGGAAUCCGUGGAUGAUUCUGAAGGGAGUUGUGUAUAGCACCAGAACAAAGUUGUGGUCAGGAGGUGAAUAACAGUUGCUCAUAAAUGUUGAAUAUAUCUUUUUGUUCAACUUGCAUCUUUUUCUCAUGCUCUAAAUAUUCUGUAUACAUAGCACAGUGGAAAGCAAACUGACCCGUGUGUGAAACAAAAUAGAAAGAAACAGUGAAUGUGAGAAUGUAGUGGAGAAGACAGGUGUUUUGCAGUAUGAAGUGUUCUGUGUGAUUAAGUGUUUCUAGAUCUGUCAUGUACAUAUAUUAUUUCCAGUUUACCUAAAGAUUCAGACUAUCUAUUAGUUUAUGCCUCUUCAAGUUCAUACUUAGUAUAGUAGAAGUUAAGAUACUGCACAAUGUCUGUUGGAUGUAUAUGCAGGCACAUAUAAUGUUUUGUACCUCACUACACAUUCUUGGAAAUUAUUUCUACUCCUUUCAGAGAGGAACGUAGUUUGAAUUGAUUUGGUUCCAAAUAGUGAAAAACAUGGGGCAAAAUUUGGCUGUUUGUUGCCAAUAGGUCCAAACACCCACAUAUCAUAGGAUGUAUGUAUGAGGGCCAGUCAGUGGACUCACCAUACUCAAUGCUACUUAUGUACAAUGUACUUGUGUGUAAUAUUGCAUCCAUUUAAGGCAAAAUUUAUAUCAUCCACUAUGUAUAGCUAUGAAGACAAUCCAACUAAUGUGUCAUUAUUUACAAACCUUCAGGUAUUGGCACAAGCAUUGAGAAUGAUGUCUGUAUGUCCAAAUAGACCAGAUUUUAUGUCAGUGGUCUUCUUGUGAAGUUGUGACUAGUAGUUAGGAGACUUUGUCUCUAGCUUAUUACUUGUGAAGAGUGCUUUGACAAUCUCAGAUACUGCCUAAAAUGUAAGAGUUUCCUUUAAUUCUACUUUUGAAACAUUGCUUAAUUUUGAGAUACAUAAUCAUAUAUGAUAGCAUAAUCAAUUUUCUAUUUGAUAUUCAACCUGGAGUUGUGUUUUAUUUCAAACAAGAGCAUGUGUGAAACA